AUGACAGUAACAGUGGGCCUGUGCUGUUUGGGCCAGGUGGAUGAGCAAACAAAACUCAUCGAAAGGCAACUUCAAAAAGAAAAGAAGCAGCUUCGUCGACAGGUGAAAAUUUUACUGUUGGGCUCAGGAGAAUCCGGAAAGUCUACGUUCAUCAAACAGAUGGUUAUCAUACAUGGUCGCGGUGAAUUUACAGCUGAUGAAGUGCGCGCAUACAGGCAACAGAUUUAUCAGAACGUAAUCUCGGCUAUGCGAGUGCUUUUGGACGCUCGUCAGAAGUUGGGCUAUGUUUGGGGGAAUCCAGAAAGGCAGAAAAAUGUUGAUGCUGUUAUGAGGUUCACAGCAUCUGAUAUGAUGAAGGGCAUCGACCAAUCAACUUUCGCAGAAGUGGCUCCAUUGAUCCGUGAUUUUUGGGACGAUAUCUCCAUCAAGCAGACCUACGAGCAACGCAAUCUUUUUCAAAUUUCGGAUUCCUGUAUAUACUUCUUUGAUCACAUCAACCGAGUUGCCAUGCCGGAUUACUACCCAACAAACAGGGACAUUUUGUUCUGUCGAAAAGCUACGCGUGGAAUCACUGAGCAUGUUUUUGAAAUACAGCGAAUUCCUUUCAGAUUUAUUGAUGUUGGGGGUCAGCGGUCACAACGACAGAAAUGGUUCCAAUGCUUCGAGGAUAUUACGAGCAUACUGUUUAUGGUCGCUUCAUGUGAAUAUGAUCAGGUAAUCCUUGAAGAUCGAAGGACGAAUCGUGUUGUUGAGUCACGGUCAGUUUUUGAGACAAUUGCAAACAAUAAGUCAUUUUCCAAUGUCUCAAUAAUAUUAUUCAUGAACAAGACAGAUUUGUUGGAAGGUAAGCAUCACAGUUUUUGUUUAACAAAAAUCCAAAUUUGA